AUGUCAUACUCGCAUAUCCCGGCAUACGUCUUGGGCGCCGCCUGCUGCGGUCGCGGUCUGACGGGCGCGCUCUCGCCGCGCCGCGAGUACGGCCACGCCAUUCGCGAGAUGAGCUACGGCGCGGCCCUGGUCUCUCUGCAGCGGCAAGGUCAGGAGCUGGCCCUCACGACGCUCCUCGGCAUCCUAUCCGCGGUGCGGCUCGCGGACGGCGCGGUCGUCUGGUGGCAUGGCGGGGAGCGUCUUCGACGCCGCGCGUUUGCGCACUGGAUCACCGGUGUCGGGUUUCUAGCGUGGUUUUUCUGGCGUCGGAGACAGGCUUGA